GGCCAACCCCACCAUGUCCAGGUCUUUGAUGAAGUUUCAUCCCAUUUUUGGUUUUCUGGGUCUGUUAGCAUCGGUACUGGUUUGUCCCGGCGUUCAUCCCCUGGAAUCAAUCGUUCCGGAACGCGGCCUGACGCCGAGGAAUUUUAACCCGCACCCCUACGUGUCGGCAGCGAUGGGAACGACCAUUCUCUCUAAUUUCGAUCACCCUUACGCGGCUGUCGCGUCAAAGCGUUCGAGACACGUUCAAAACCGUUCGAAAACUCGGGACAGCGACCGUGUCGCUUCGAUUACCAGCCUCGCCAAUUUCGCUCGUGAUUUCCUCGGGCUUAUCAACGGGGAAAAACGGCAACCGGUUACUUCAAACGAUCCGUACAAUGGCGCCUUCGAGUUUCCGUUGGAGAUAAACGAGCGGCACGUGGCCGAAAAUGUGGGUGGAUACGGAAUCAUCGGGAGUGCCGUACAGGGUAAUCAGAAGGGAGGCGAAAUUGGUGUGGAGAAACUCGCCAUUGGAUAUUACAGAGAUGAAGACGGAGAUGGAACGAGGAGGAAACUGCCAACUGUCAAGGAUGCCGGGCUAUUCCUGCAGGGGAAGCUGCUUUUCGAGGAGAAGCUUAAUUUCGCAAGCGUUCAACAAUCUUCCUUCAACGUAGAAUCCGCGGCCCUUCGGGAUACAAACGACAACCUUAGCCAAGGAUUGUACGUGACAAGUGACGAAGAGGAUCACUUCCAGCCGGGUGCACCGCAGGUUCCGUCCGAUACGUCCGACGUCUCCGAUUUAAGGCUCGUUUCAUUGACGAGGUACGACGUCGUCAGCCCGACGUGCUGCAGCGGCAGCCACCAAGUUUCUCUGACGGGUUACCUCGGCCACCGAGGCUGGUCGGAUGAUCAGCUCCAGCCUCUGUAUGGAAUCAACACUCAUGCUCGGCCGGAUUAUUUCCUUACCACGGAUCCAGAUUAUCGGCAUCAUUCACAUCGCUCCGACGAAAACCAACGUUUUCUUCCCGCUGAUCCCAGCCCGCGUUAUUCCUCGUAUUUUUCUUUUCAUACUCCAUCACGAGUUAAUAAUUGAGUGAUGUGAUUUGUGUAGAUUCAACGUGUGAUAUAAGCAUGGCGGGAAGAAUAUUGUCCAUUUUUGAAGUUGAAAACGUUGACGGAAAUUGGAUGUAUGUACCUGUAACAUCCAUAUCCUAUGUGUCGAAUGAAAUUUCAUUUUAAUCCUUGUUUCUCGUAUAAUGUGCAACAGAGGCUAGGAAUUGAACUUGGAUCAAGAAUCAAGCUGCAAUCGUACGACCAGUCAAUCAUUUCGAUCAAACACAGCGGUCUGUGAAUUUCUAUGUAUAAACGAUACCCUAUUUCUAAUACUGAUCUGUGAUAUUUAUCUUCAAAAACCUGUUAACUUA